CGCGCUUUCCUCGUCGGAAAAACCGUCUGCUUCGUCCACGUCAUCAGCCACCACCUCAUCGGCUUCGGCCUGUUGCGUGGUCCCAGCAUGAUGCCAACGAUCAAUCCGAGCGGCGAGCUGGUGCUCUUGGAUCUGGUCACCCACCGGCGGGGUAAGGUUAGGGUUGGCGAUAUCGUGAUCGUUCGAUCGCCGGAGAAACCGACGAAGGUCGUGGCUAAGCGAGUGCUCGGACUCGAGGGGGACUCUGUCAGUUUCUUGACCCAGCCUGCGAUCAGCACUGAGAUCGAGACUGUGGUGGUUCCGAAAGGACAUGUUUGGGUGCAGGGAGAUAAUAUUUAUGAUUCAAGGGAUUCAAGGACAUUUGGGCCAGUGCCUUACGGGCUUAUCAAUGGUAGAGUUCUCUUGAGGGUGUGGCCACCUGAACGAUGUGGAUUCAUUGAACACAAUGUGCCACUUCAGCAAGUUGCCAGUGGUGAAAUGGAGCAGAAUGCGAUCUCUGAUUGAUUUUGUGGCUGAAGUCAACAACAAACAAGAAGAUAUGGUUCAUAUUCUCUUUUUGUUGAGAUUCUUGGCAGAAGUUAAUGCGAUGAUAAAAAGCUCCCGCCACUUCCCAUUUAUUUUUCGGAUUAGUUGUGAAUGAUGGAGCCAUUUAUGGUAAUUUUGUUCAAGAUCUUGUCAAAUAUUGUUAAAUAGAGGGUGUUUGCAAGGGUUUGCUUUUGCAAUAACGCAUUAUGUAAUGUUGGUUAUUAUUCUCUACUUGAUAAUAACCGAGCAAUUUGCUGGAUAUUAUAUGAUUACAAUCUAGAACAUCUGUUUAUUUGUUAAAUUAGAUUUUUAUUGUGAAAAUUAUUAUUCAGAGAUGGAUACUCAAACUAUAUAAUAAAAGAGAGGGGCAACUUGGGUCCAGAGUUAUGGAA